AUGUCGGUGAACCCGUACAAGUGGAUAGUGGGGCUUUACGCCGAAGACGCGAUGCUGAGCUACCACGGAAAAGCUGCCAUGGUUGAGGCGGGAGAGCUCGCCCCGCACCUGUUCGGCGUGGCCGAUCACGCGUACUCAGAGCUGGUGAAGGGUCACUUGGAAGCCGAGUCCGAGACUAAGAAGGACGUGCGCGCCAGGAAGGCUAGGGCCUCAAACCAGUCCAUCAUCAUCAGCGGGGAGAGUGGGUCGGGCAAGACAGAGGCGACGAAGAUCAUCAUGCAGUACCUAGCCAGGAUCACGUCGGGUGAAGCGAUUGGGGCGUCAGAUGCUGGCGAGGUUUCUGAUGCGUGCAGAGACUCCCGAGCAGCCAGCGAGGCCAUCAUGCUACACGUGGGAGACCUGGAGAGCAGGGUGCUUAGCUGCAACCCGCUCUUGGAGAGCUUCGGCAACGCUGUGACCCUCAAGAACGACAACUCGUCGCGCUUCGGGAAGUUCAUCAAGAUCCAGUUCGACAAGAAGGGGAGGAUUAGGGGGGCACAAAUCCAAAACUACCUCUUGGAAAAGACGAGGAUCGUGGCCCAGGCGAAAAGAGAGCGGAGCUACCACAUCUUCUACCAGCUGCUGGCGGGGUCGUCCGAUGCCCUUAAGGAGGAGCUCAAGCUGGACAAGGGAGUCACCGGCUUCCAGUGCCUCAAGGGAUCCAGCAUCAAAGGGGAGGACGCGCCUGACUUUCACGGCGAGUCGUUCUAUUUGGAGAUGAAUCGUACCGUGUGUCGCUUCGCUGAUGGCGCCGUUACCACUUCUGUUGCUGCGCAGCGCACUACGGAGUGCCUGAAGAAGAUUGGCGUGGCCCCAGUGAGCAAGGAGGGGGAGCACGGGCAAGACGCCAUAUUCAGGCUCAUCGCGGCCAUUAUGCACCUCCUCAACGUCGGCUUCGAGUCAGUCCACGUUAACGAGGGCGAGGCUUGUGAGAUCCGAGACAGCACGAGGCCCUCGUUGGCCUUCGCCGCUGAGCUGCUUGGAGUGGAGGCGGAUAGGCUGGAGAAAGCGGCGGUCUCCAAGACCAUGGCGGUGCGCAGCUCGAACACGAUGAUGCUGCAGACGGUGGAGCAGGCCCACGAUAAGGUGGCCGCCCUGGGCAAGGCUCUCUACAGCCAGCUCUUCCUGUGGCUCGUGGCCAAGCUGAACACCACCAUAUCUGCACCCCAGAGCGACGUGUGGGGCUUCAUCGGCGUACUGGACAUCUACGGCUUCGAGAAGUUCAACACCAACAGCCUCGAGCAGCUGCUCAUCAACUACGCCAACGAGCACCUCCAGCGCCACUUCAACCAGCAUAUGUUCGAGGUGGAGCAAAUUGACUACGACAACGAGCAGAUCGACUGGAGCUACAUCACCUUCAACGACAACAAGGCGUGUCUGGAGCUCAUCGACGGCAAGGGCGGCCUCUUCUCCUGCCUAGACGACAUCCAGCGGUUUGAGGGUAAAGAGGCCAACCUCAAGUUCCUCAGCAGCUUCAAGCAGAAACACGGUCCUUCCGCUGGCGGCGGCGGCGGCGGCGGCGCGAACAUGAGGGGAAGUAUGGCCAAGGCCGGGUCUACGUACGGCUCCAUUUCCUCUCCAGCCACGAGGCGGAAGAACACUCUCGGCCACCCGCACUUCGUAUCGCCUCGGUUCGACCCCGACAUCUCCUUCGGAAUAAAGCACUACGCCGGCGACGUGUUCUACAACGUGGCCAAAUUCAACCAAAAGAACAGGGAGAACCUCACGGCGGACAUGAAGGAGCUCAUGGCGUCCUCCACCUGUGCUCUCGUCGUCGAUGUGUUCAAAGCCGGCGAGCAAGAUGGUCAGGACGACGACGACGACGACGAAGAUGCCUUUGAAGCGCCUACACGCGGUCGGGGCGGGGCCGGCGGACGCACCAUCCGCUCCAAGAGCAUCGGCAUCCAGUUCAAAGAGAGCCUCGCCGAGCUCAUGGCCACCAUCGCCAUCACUCACCCCAGGUACAUCCGAUGCGUCAAGCCCAACCCGGACAAGCAAAGCGGCAGGUUCGACGGCGAGGACGUUCUGCUUCAGCUGCAGUACUCGGGGACCAUGGAGACCAUCCGCAUCCGCCAGCAGGGCUACGCCCUUCGCGAGCUGAAGGACGACUUCCUCAAGAAGUACAAGGUGCUGCAGCCCGACGCCGAGGAUCUCGAGGCCCUCGUCGCCUACCUGAGCAGCAUGCUGGGCGCUUCCCACCGCGACUGGCAGAUCGGGACGUCCAAGGUUUUCCUCCGCACGUCCAUGUCGGACAAACUCAAUCUCAUGGUGGACCUUCGGAAGAAGUGCGCCACCCGCGUCAUCCAGCGCUGGGUGGUCAACACCAGGCGAAGGAGGGUUGUGCGCACCACGCUGCAGGAUGAGGAGCGGCUGACUGCGGCGGUGCUCGACCAACCUAUCGCCAUGUCGGGCUCCCGCGUACGUAUGUACAUGGCCGAGGGCGACGGCCGGUUGUGCCACGCCGCUAUGGAAAUCUUGGCGCGAGCGUUCUGCGCGUGCAUCAUGGACAUGGUCUGUGACGAACACACCAGGGGCGGGUCUCCCGCCGGUGUUCGCCCGCCCCAGUUCGAUGCCGGUCCAGCCGACGCCGCUGCCUCGCGAUCUUCUUUCUCCGCGUGCAACCGGCUGGCGAACCUGACCGUUCGCGACAUCCAAGCUCUCGUGCAUUGCCGCCAACGCCGCACGCAUCUCGGCAAUGUCGGUGGCGCUCUCGCCCCGCCGCCGCGCAGCGGUGCAGCCGACCGCGCGGCGUCCGUCGCGUCGUGCUACUGGUGGGUGGCUGAGCAGUGCGCCCCCGACCCCGCCCCGCCGGCGUCCCACCGGACCUCGAUCUCGUCCCUGACGGCAUCUGUUGUGUCGGAACACCCGACCGCCAAUGGGACGGAGACAGCAAGCAAGUAUGAAACGACAUUAUCGCGGGCGCCGUUCUUGAAGUCGUCGGUGAAGGUGAUGAAGUACCUCCGAGCCGCGGCUUACUUCCGGAACCUGCUCCAAGAGAGGCGGGCGGCGACUUCGAUGGUGCGGUGGUACCGUCUGUCCAGGGACCGUAAACGGUUCGUGUCUAUGAAGGAUGCCGAGAAGGUGGUCAAGUCCGCGCUGAGAGUGAGGUACUUCGUGACCCAGCUGGGCGUGAGAAAGGAGUUCGCAGGCAGUUCGGUGAGCGAGAUCGAAGCGGCUAUUGAGACCCUAGUGGAGAAGGAGAAGGCGCUCAGAGACAAAAAGGAUUUCUUGGCCUGUCUGCCCGUAGCGUCCCGCCUGCACCACCUGAAGAUCGUGGCCACCUCCAUGAAGGAGCGCGACGAGAGGCGCAAGGAGCUAGCGGCCGACGGCAACGGGGGCGGCGCGAUCGGGGCAGACGGCGGCCCCGCUCGGCAAGAGGUGGAAGUGCGUCUGAUGGAGGCCGGGUGGAGGAUGGCCGACGCAGAGGCGGAACAGAACUAUGCGGUGUGCACGCGGCUGCAGAGGGAGAUCAAGAACCUCGAGGCGCAGCGUGAGCAGAACCCCACGCUGGCCGAGCUGAAAGAGAAGGAGGAGAAGACCAAGGCCGAGAUUGACGAGGCGGCCGCUAACGCCGACUACGCGAAGGCGGGGCAGUUGCAGGCGAGAUGUGUAACGGAGCUGGUGAAGAUGGAGGAGAAGAUCAAGGUGAUCGAAGAGGUAGUGGAGGCCGAAAAGGCCCGGAGCGCCUUGAAGGACUUGUCUCAGAAGGAGCUCGAGGACAAGAUUCACACCACCAGCGACGAGCUCGAAGCGGCCAAGGCCGCGAAGGAGUUCGCCAAGUGCAUCGACCUACAGGCACAGCUGUCCGAGAUGCAAGCCGCCGCGGAAGCCUUGCCGACGAUGGAGCAGGUGGAGAGGGAGGUCAUAUCGGCGGAGGCGGAGAUGGCGGCGGCGAAGGCCAGGAAGGAUUACCGCCGGGCCGCAGAACUUUCCAUCAAGCUUCCGGCGAUUCUGGACCGGCACAGCGCCGUGGCGUCCGCGAUCCGGAAGGCGAUGAACCGGAAGCAGCUUGCCGAGGAGGUCCAGCGUCUGGAGGGGGAGAUGCGCUUGGCGAAGGCUGAGAAGAGGUUCUCUCAGUGCUCUUUGCUGCAGAGGAGCCUGACCGAGAUGCAGGUCUUAACCGACGGGCUUCCUAGCGUUCGUGAGAUCGAGGAGGACAUCAGCGAUGUCCGUGUGAAGAUGGACACUGCCGUGUCCGAGAAGAACUAUGCCGACGCCGAGAAGUUCCGGGUGAGGCUUACCGAGCUCGCCGAGGAGAAGGCUCUAGCAUCCGAGAAGGAGCAGCACUCCAACUCCAGCCCUCAAGACCCGGUGGCCAAGGUGAGGGCGGCCUUUCGUAUUUUCUGA